UUGGACAUUUGACAAAAGCACCAAGUCGACAGCUUACAGCAACUGUCUUUUAAACCUGAGUAAACAAGUCGACUCUUACCUCGCUCGAAAGAAACAACCGAGACUGGAGCAGUGUUUCCCCCAUAAGAAGGUGGUGUAAGGGCCCAUACAGCCGGAGCAUAUCUCGUUUUGUGUAGCACCAGGCGACUGUUUGACACAGCUCUGCAAAAAAACGUGUACUGUAUUUUGAUUUUGUGAUGUCAGUUUCGUUCCCAGGGUCUCUCUUCCCUCCGUCGAGAGAGAUCCUGGGAACGAAGAUGGCUGGUUCCAAAAAUUCAAAGCCAACGGCACAAUUAAUCAGAGAUAGCUCCAUGAUCUCGAGCGAGGAAAAGAUGAGCUUCCAAGUAGAGAUGUAUUUUUGCUCAGGUUUUCUUACUACAUGUUACGUGCGUUUGUUUUCAUUUCAUUCUGUUUAAUUUUUCAGGUGACCGUGAUUGACUCGAAACUGGAAUUAGUGCUGCAGAUGUUACAGAAUAUUCAGAACACACGAGGCUCUCCUUCAGGAGGUAGCCACUCGUACGACUUGCAUUUUCGCGGUAACGGCGACGGCGUAUCUUCCAGGCGUUCAUCCGUGUCACGCGCGCACUCAGAUCCGUUAGACGUCAGGACGCAAAUAAGCUCAGAAGCGCACGGCGUGACUACUCACGUGGUGCGCAACUCAGACAUUCCUUGCGUGACUCUUAGCGAUCCUGAAUCGUUUCCAAGUACGGGUUCACGGCCGCUGUCGCUGAGUUCUGUGCACUCGCAUUCGUUACACGGGAGUGUUUCUGGCGGAGAGCAACAUCAAAACGUGGACCAGAUAGACAACGUUUGCCUCAGUGAUCCCGGCGCUCUUAGCGCACCGCUUCUGUCACGCAUUCUUGUUAACGACAAGAGACAGUUGUCUGACGUGACUGAAGAGAGUCUUGGUGAUUCGAAAGAAAAUGUAGGCGGUUUGACACCCCCCGGACCAAUAUCUCAACAGAACUCGACCGCGUCUGAUUGUGAGCCGGGUCCGGGGAGUGCAGAUAGCUCCUUGACUGAACAAAAAGAUGAAGAACCAGUUUGGGAAAAACAAGAUACAGGUUUAGAAUCUCGACGGCGGAAAAGGAGUCUUUUAAAUUUAGGAGAAACGGAGACAAAGUUGCCAGAUGAUGAAGAGACAUGGGACGCCAAAAAUCCCUCCGAUACAGGCCAAGAAAAAGAUCCAGAGACAUGGAAUGUUGCAGAACUGUACACAGGGACACCAGAGCGAAGAGAUUCUCCCAGCGGAGACAAGGGCACUUCACGGAAGAAUGCCCAAGGACAGUCUGACGGUGAGCCUUCUUCUCGUGCGGUUGAAGAAGGACAUUAUGAUUCGUCAGUUAGGUCUGCGCCGACGAGGAUGUCGGCAAAGAGGCGUCCUCUGGUGAAAUCGAAUCCUGUGGAGGUCUAGAACGCGUUGAAAUUCAAAACGCCAAGAAUAUAUGACCAGACUUGGGCAAUGAUCAUCCAGGGAUUUUCAUCAGCAAUUAUCCCGCUUUUAGAAACUGCGCCUUAAGGAGUAUCAACUCCAACAGUGAUUUCGCGAAGCCCAGUCGAGGACAAGAUUAGAAGAGUUUCCGAUUGUUUUGUCGUCCAAUAAGAAAUUGCAAGAGCCCUACGGGAUUUCCUUCGCCGGGAUUCCGACUGUUACAAAGGGAACUGGGCUCGACAAUUCUCGCAGAUGAUUAGUACUUCUUCCCCUGAUUGCCUGCUCCGGUCGAAAGAAAACGUGAGAGGAAUAAGGAGAAUAAUAACGCGCCAGUUUUCCUUAUCGCUCAAUAUCUACUCACUCUUUUAUGUAGAAAAAGGAACACCUCAGGUUUUAAGUAAAUUUCAAGAAAACAAAUUCCGCUAAAGAUCGAGUAUUGCCUCGACACGCAACAAGACAAAAGUUCUUCGCAAACAAAAAAUUUCUUAGCUCCAAGUAAUUUUAGCAAUGACUUAAAGCACCACAAGAAAUCUUCUUGAUGAAAGAUUUCUCUGAAGCUGGACUCUUAGGUGGUGCGAUUCUUAAUGAUUUUUUUUUUUGAAGGCACUGAUUUUUGGCGCACAAUUGCUUGUGGAUAGCAUUGCUUUUCGCGAACAAAAUAUCGCUAUGAAGGAGUUGACAUGGCCGCCGUUGCGCGCGUUUUAUAGGGCAGUAAUUUUGAACGCUGUUGCGUUAGAACGUUUGCGUUAGUUUUGUCCCUUUACGGGGAGUAUUGAUGAGAAAUUCGCAGAUCUUUUAUUUAAGUGCAAGCUGGAUUGUUUAUUUGUUUUACCAAAUGGCUUGUUUUAUCAAUAUUACUGAGAUUUUUCUCGUUAAAGGUGUAUUUUUAUAGAAACUUAUCUGUAUAAUAGUGAUGGAGAUGUACAGUUAAAUAAAGCGACUGUGAAUAGGAG